ACUCUGAGUCCCACACAUCCACAUUGAGUUUGUGAAGCAUGGAAUCAGGAUCUGUGUGUGAGUGAGUAAUGCUUUUGGAUAGCUCUGCUUGACAGAGAGAAGCUGUUAGAUAGCUGAUAAUUUUUUUUAAAAAACAUACAAAAAAAAAAAAAAAACAACAACUAAUGUAUCUGAAUUUUUCUGGUAGAUAUUGACAGAAUACUCAAACAAUAUAUUUCUUUUAGCACUUAUUCAUAACUUAUGAUAGAAAUGGAGAGGAAACUCCAUUUAAAAUAUAUAUUUUUUUAGUCAUGAUUUGAAAUCAAUUCUGCAUAGUAAUUUCACACUUGCUGUUCAUAAUAAUCAGAAAUGCUACAAUUGAUCAUUUAUUUUAAAUGAUAUAUAAUUUCGAACAUAUGUUAGAUUUAAUGUAGUCAUUUAUCUUUCUAGGUCUUUGUAAAUGUAGUGUGGUAGCUUGAGACCUACAGAACUAGACAGACGGUUCAAGAUAGAUAACACAUACUGUAUAAAAGUGUAACAACUAGAGUGGCUUAUUGGUGUUGUUAAGCUGAAUUUCUGAGUAUUUCCUUUCGCAUCUUGGAAUGCUUAUCUAAGGACUAGCAAUUACAAAGCUCUCACACAGCCAUGCUUCAGUUUUGGCUUCUGUUUGUGGCCGGUUUAAAUUUCUGCGAGGGUCAGUAUCUUGACAACGCUCACAUCAUUAUCCAGUAUAAUGUCAAGGAGGAACAGCCGGCAGGCACAAGGGUGGGUCGCCUGUUGGACAACCUACGUCAGAAAGGAGAGACUGGAUCACUGGAGGACUUCCGGAUUGUGGAGCAUGGUCAGACCCUACCAUUCACAGUGGCCAAAAGAGACGGGGUGGUGUCAACACUGGGCCAGCUGGACCGGGAGGAGUUGUGUCGUGGAGCUGACCAGUGUGAGCUGGCCUUUAGUGUUCUUUAUAGGAAAGGUGGAGCGGUGCGCUUCCUGCGUGUUAGAGUGGAGGUGAUGGAUCUGAAUGACCACAGUCCUAGCUUUCCUAACCCAGUGCAGGAGGUGGAGAUCUCAGAAACAGUAGGUCUGAGGAUGCGUAUCCCAUUGGACCGUGCUGAGGAUCCAGAUGCAGGUUCCAAUGGCCUGCAGACCUACUCUCUUUCUCCAAGCCAUCACUUUGCUCUGGAUGUCCGUCCCUCUGGCGGUGCCAAACAGCCAGAAUUGGUGGUUAUUAAAGAACUGGACCGGGAGAGGGAAUCAUCCUUUGAAUUAACAUUAUUGGCUUGGGAUAAAGGGAACCCACCCAGGUCUGGCACCACCAAAGUCAAAGUCAUAGUUUUGGACUCCAAUGACAACAGUCCAGAGUUUGAGAAGAGUGCUCCAAUAGUUGAGCUUCCUGAAGACACAGUCCAAGGCACAGUAGUCAUCAACCUUCAUGCUACAGAUCCUGACCAGGGUGCUAAUGGAGAGGUUGUGUACUCACUCAGUAAGCAUGCCCCAUUAGAUGUGCAGAGACUUUUUAGUGUUGAUCCUCAAACAGGUGCUGUAGUUUUACAAGGUCUUUUAGACUUUGAAGAAAAAAGAGCCUAUGAAGUAGACGUACAAGCAAAGGAUCGCGGUCACAAUGCUAUCCCAUCCCACUGCAAGAUGCAAGUAAGGGUUCAAGAUGUCAACGACAAUGCACCUCGGAUACACAUUACAUGGACUCCACCAGAUUCCCCUGUGGCAACUGUGUCAGAAGGGGCAUCAAAUGAGACCUUUCUGGCUCUUGUGAUGGUGUCUGAUGCUGAUUCAGGUCCAAACGGGGAAGUGAAAGUCCAGAUACAGCAAGGAUCAGGCCCAUUCCGUCUCAAGCAAAUCCAUGGCGACAACUACAUAAUUGUUACUUAUGGUAGCUUAGAUCGGGAGCAACAAAUGGAGUAUAAUAUUACUCUUCUUGCUCAGGACAGUGGGGUUCCUUCUCUGUCUUGUGUCAGGUAUCUGACUGUCCAUGUCCUGGAUGAAAACGACAAUGCACCGAUAUUUUCCAAAAUUCUCUACACUGGUGUUUUCCAUGAGAAUAAUGCACCUGGAUUUCAUGUCUUGACUUUGGAAGCCCAUGAUGUUGACUUGGAUCUUAGUGGACGGGUGUCAUACUCAAUUAGAGAGUCAAACGAACUUGGGACACCAACUUCUUCCUUCUCAGUCCACCCAACCAGUGGGGCUGUUAUUGCUCAGCAGUCAUUAGACUAUGAGGAAUCACCAACAUACUCCUUUAUUGUGGAAGCAGUAGAUCAUGGCUACCCUCCAAUGACCAGCAGUGCUACUGUGCUUAUUAUGAUUGAGGAUGUUAAUGACAACUAUCCCAUCAUCAGAGAACCGCUUCCCAAGAAAGGUAUUGCAGUAGUGAGUGUUCCAGUUAAUGAAGAAAAGGGGGAGAUUGUGACAGAACUGAAGGACAAAGUUCGUGGAACCAUACAUCCAUUGAACAAUCAUUCUUCCCAAUACAUGCUUGAAGGUUUUUUGGCCACAACCAUAUUAGCAAGUGACUCUGACUCUGGUCUCAAUGGAAAACUCCAAUUUAAAAUUUUAGAAGGGAACCCCUCCAGGCUGUUCUGGUUAGACGAAACCACAGGUCAAUUAUAUGUGAACACCACCAAUGCUACAGAAUUGAUUGGCAAAGCAUUUAAAGUGGUCAUUGCAGUGUCAGACAUGGGAACACCCCCACUUGUCACACAGACAACCCUGCAGGUAACAUUCAUCAAUCUUCGUGACCACCUUAAGAACUCUGCUCCUGGACAACAGGCUCAGUUCAGCUUCACAAUGCUUUUAGCUAUCUGCAUUGGGGGAACCUGCUUGCUUUUGCUGCUAGCUGUUGCUUUGGUUACCACAUUCUGUCGCCCAGAAAAACGAGACACUCGCGCUUACAACUGCAGACAAGCUGAAUCUACCUACACUAGUCACCCUCGCAGACCACAGAAAAACAUUCAGAAAACAGAUAUACAUCUGGUUCCUGUCCUAAGGGGUCGAAAAGAUGACCCGCCUGAAGAGGAAUCCCAGCCACUCUCAUCUGGUUCUCCUCUGCCAGAAGCAGCUCACCCAGAAGGCCAGCUCAGUCUUUCCCCAACGCUUGCUCACCUGGUACAAAGUCAUGCUUACUCUGAAAAUAAUGGCACCCUUCCAUUCACUCAGAGCAAGACACUCAGGAAACCUGGGAGCAUAGAAUGCCCGCAUACCCCUACGACACCCUACCGAACCCUGCGCAAGGCACGAAACCCUUCCUCCUCCUCAUCCUUGCACUCACAGACCAACACUCUGAGACGCCAAAAGCCUGAAGAAGUAAAUACACCGACUGACACCCAAGCUGUUGUCUCCGGUCCUUUCACACAGACCACACUGAGGAGGAUGAAAAACUCCGAAAGAAAUGGAAGGCUUGAGGAACAAGACCACAGACAAAUACUGAGAAAUUUGGUGCGCUUAUCCAUGGCUGCUCUCGGAGAAAACUCACUUGAGCUAUCUUCAGCUUCACCUGAGGUGCAGCAGGUGUCUCAGCUGUUGUCUCUGCUGCAUCAAGGCCAGUUUCAGCCUCGACCAAAUUUCCGUGGCAACAAAUAUUCCCACAGAGGUGGCCGGUCUGGAGCACAGGAUGCUGAUUGGCUGAGUACUAAAGACAGCGGGCACGGGGAAAGUGAGCCCGGAGACGUAGACUGGGAGGCAGGCAGAGACUCCCCCGUCGACCCCUUAUUGGAUGAGGGCCUCACCAACCUGCUCAGCAACCACGACGACGUGUUCUCGGACAUCCCUGACCCGGCGUGGAUGGCUCGGCUGUCCCUUCCUCUGACCAGCGACUACCACGACAACCUUUAUGUCCCCGACGGGCUACCACCCUCAGAAGGUCAGAGCUCCACUUUAGGUAGCCCGAAUGACUCCGCAUCCUUCUCCACCUUUGGUAAGGCCUCAGAGAACACUGGGUCUUUGGGAGGUGAAACUCUGCUUUCGGAAGUAAGCACGCUGUUUGAGAUGCUAAUGACGCAGAAGGCUGACGCUCAGCCACGGUCAGACAUUCUCUACAGACUUUCUGCGGCUUAUCGCCGCUCCCUCGGCCUCGACGGUCAGCAAGGCCCGAACGAAAAAUCUCCCAUAAUACGUUGCGCCACUCCAAACCGUUACUGAUGUUCACGUGCCACGCGAACCAAUGCGAACACUUACCCUUCCCUUCUGUCUCAAACUGCUGUCGGUUUUAAGCAACGUCGUCAUCUGUCUCUCGGGGAGGUCUGUCUGGGACAGGCCAGCUAAGGCAAAACACAAAGAUUCUGUUUCAUAUCCCCUGGCCGAAACACGUUCAUGUACUGUUUUACAUCAGACUGAAACUGUGAUAAUGAGACAAGGAGGCAGUUUUUUUCCCCUCUGCUUCAGGCUGUAAACUGAAUUACUGGUGCUUUCCUCACAAAGUAGUUUAUGAGACCUAUUGCUUUGUAUGGGUUUAGAGAAGGAAACAACUCUUUGUCUUCUUUUAAGACUAAACACCAACAGAACAAAUCCUGUCUCUGAGGAGGAAUGUGUGAAAUGUUCUACCACAAUGGACUAUGAGCAGUCUCGCUUCCUCUGCCGUAGUCAAACUCCUGAUUAUUGCUUCCUGUUUCUCCUUUGUAAAUGAUAUACUACGCAAAAAGUCAGUAUUUGGAUUUUUGAAGAUCAGAAAUAAUAGUCGUCAGACAGACUUAAUGUCAUUUUUUUUUUUUUUUGGUUUCCCAAACACACACACACACACACACACACACACACACACACACACACACACAAAAAGGCAUCUAGUUGCUAUCGAUUUGCGGCGACUCGUUUAUAGCGACCCCUUCCUCCACGUUUCAGACAUAAUAAAGUACAACUAAAAGAAACAAAAACGCCAGAGACGCAAAACCCAGCGCACGGUCUGUGUUGAAAGUUAUUGACCUUGGAGCACUAGAUAUAGAUUUCAUUUCCAUACACAUUAUUAGGAAUUACAUGUGCAGGGUUUUUUGGGGGGGGGCUUUGUUUUUUUUUGUUUUUUUUAAAACGUGAAAAACUGAGAGCACUUUGUAUAUAGAAAACUUUUUUUGUAUACUUUUUUUGAAUGAAAUAAACAGUACCGAAACAUUUCUUGAAAGUCUUUCAAAUGUGCCGAAGGCCAUGAAACGGCGCAAACGGUGAAUGAAAAUACAAAUAUAAGGCAUACGGUUCUUAGGGAGAAAAAAAAGAUCCAAAGGGUAUAUAGUGGCUACUGUUUGUAGCCAAUAUUUUGGAAAGAAAACACACACACACACCUAGUGGUAAAGUAUGGUACAGAAAUGGCCUCGUGCUCAUGAGACUGGUAAACUGUAUCACAGGAACACUGGACACAAAGAAGGAAUGCAUUACGGAUGGGUCAUCAAUCCAUCACAGGGCACCAUGCACACACAUUCACACCAAGGGGCAAUUUUGAGUAACCAAUCCACCUACUGGCAUGUUUUUUGGAGGAAACCAGAGAACCUAGAGGAAACCCACAUGGACAUCUAACCAAGGCUCCUGGAGCUGUGAUCCAACAACACUACCCGCUACGCCACUGUGCCCUCAUUCCAAGCAAGUCAGUAACGUUCUACUGAAAAGAGUAAAGUCGUAACGACAUGCAUUUCUUUUGAGAUUCGCUUUUGUCCAAAUGACAGUUGAUCUCUACCAUGUCUUUAAUCUGUCGGCACACAAUGUAGUCGUGUGACCCGGUACUGAUGUACUCAGAUGUACAAAUGUCGACAAAUUUGGUGGUGACUCUAAACAAGACUGUGAUUAGUCUCGAUAUACUGUUAUCCUGCUCACUUGCUAGUGCGAUGGCUUUGUCUGCACUGGACGCUUGUUCACAUCCUGAGUACCUGCGCUCUGGGUCGCAUAAUGGCACCAACAUGGCCGAGCUCUAUCCUGUGUAGCUCCACUCAUCCACUGUUGUGGUUGUCGAGCUCCAACCGUGUGGGAAUAGUACGCUAGAUUCUUUCACAAACAAGUUGGUCUUUUUUGAGUGAAAUAUGGUGAACAAAUUGGCACUGUCACUGCCAAGUCCUCCGAGUCCCAUUCCUGAUGCACUUGUAUUUGGGUCAUGCCGUCUGCCAACUCCUCUACUCUGCAUUCCAACUUAUAAAGGCACUCACUCCUUCUGUUCCAGGUGGCUGAGCAGCUGAGCCUUCUGCACUCCUGAACUCGCUUUCGUAGGCUUUCGAAACCCUCUUCAUAUCUCGAUAAAGAUGUAGCCGGUCUGAACUGGGACGCAUUGCAACGGAGCAGCUUUUUGCAGAAAUUCUCAAUAUAAAUGUCAAAUGAACAAACUGCCCAAAUAAACAAGCCAGACGCGAGCAUGGCAAGGAGAAUCGCACUGAGACGACAUGAGGAAGAAACCUUGAGAGGAACCAGAUUCGUGUAAACUCCUAUGAGCAGCGUAUGAAAUUUAUACAAUUCAGAUUUGUUUGUGAAGAAUAAAGACACCUUGGCAUUAUUUAUACUUGGACGCGUCCGAGACCUCUUCUACAUCUGCUCGUUUUAUACGCUCGGCAAAUAAAACAACAACAUCAUCCUCUUACAUAAACAACCGAGACAUAAUCUGAAGAAGUUUCACAGACGCUUGACGAACAGGAAUGGAAUAACCCUGAACAAAGAGGGGGGGUCGAUAUCAAAAGGAACAGUCAGUAUCUGGUGGCCUACGGUGCAUCUCAUCCUCAUGGACUGCACCAGAUUGGUCAGUUCUUGCUGUGAGACGUUCCCUCAGUCUUCCACCAAGUUCUCGAUCACGUCUGGGGGGACACACGCUUACAUGUAAUUUUCCACUGCGAGGACGAUCAGCUGUCCUUCCUGUCUCCCUGUAGUGCCGUCUUGGGCGUCUUACAUUACAGACAUUACAGUUUAUUGCUCUGGACACAUCUGCAGUCCUCACGCCUCCCUGCAGCAGAACUACGGCAUGUUCACGCAGGUCAGCAGGAACCCUAGACAUCUUUCUUCGGGUGUUUUUCAGAGUCAGUAGACAGGUCUCUUUAGUGUCCGAAGUUAUUGUAACUGAGACCUUAAUCGCCUAGCGCAUGUAAACUGUCCGUGUCUGUAGAAAGGACUGUUCCACAGGUGCACGUGCAAUAAUUUUUUACGGUUCCCUGAACACGCAUAAAACACUUUGUUUAAACCCUUUCCAAUAAAGAUCUGUAAAGAUUAUUUGGAUUUGACAAAAUUAUCUUUACAAUACAGUCUCCUGGAAAAGGGACGUUUCUUUCUUUUUCUUUUCUUUUCUGAGUAUACUGUAGGCAUUAUACUAUAUUUAUAUAUUGUAUUGGCAUUAUAUCCUGAUAUUUUUUUUACCAUGUGCAUUUACAUUUCUGUACUUGCGAGCCAGAUUGAAAUCUGCUUGCUGUAUCACAUGCAAUAAAUAAAUGGACUAAAGUCGC